GAACGUUCCAGAGACGUUGUGGAUGAAGUAAGUGUGUCCCUCCGGCUAUGGGACACUUUUGGAGACCAUCACAAAGACAGACGCUUCGCCUAUGGGAGGGCUCCUAUGAUCUUUAUGCAAGCCCGUGAAACAUAAGAGAGACACUGUAAGUCCUCAAGCCUGCUAGCAUCUCCAUAAUUUUCUGCAUUGCCAACUGUGUGGUGUGGUAGCUGAGACCUUUGCUUGUCCAGUCAGCAAGAAAUGCACGAUUCCUUAUGCAGACGAUAGCAAACAGGUGAUCGUACAUUAUUCACUUACUCGUGUGGUGACGGGUGUUGCCCCCCUCCCCAGGAUAGACUUUGUACUAAUCUUGCUUCAGGAAGGUAUGCCAACAGUGCGCCAGAAUGUCUGCAUGUCAUCCUUUUUGUGCUUUUGUUUUGUUUGUUUUGUUGAUCACGUUUGUUCUAGUACUCACAGAGGCAGCCCAAAAAAAAAGCAUUGCCGAAGGAGUUUGUGAUCUCCGGCAUAAGACUUGUGUAAACUAAAGGCAAUCUUUUUGCGUGCUGUCAUUGAGUCAAUGUCAGGCUGGCAUUGAGAUUGCAGGUUUUGCAUGUCUACCAAACAGUGAAGGACUGUGGUUUUGCUACGGAUACUGCUUGGCACCUGUCACAUUCAACACUCUUGGCUUAAAAUCCCGUUAGCAUGAUUGUUAUGUGCUGUCUUGCUCUGUGUUGUUAAACAGAUGAGUUUUCAUUGGACAGUUACUAUAUUUACUUUUUAACUUUUACUUUCGAAGGUCUGACGUCGUGGUUCUCUGCUUUUCCAUCGCCAACCCCAACUCCCUACACCAUGUUAAAACUAUGUGGUACCUUGAGAUCAAGCACUUCUGUCCUCGGACACCUGUCAUCUUGGUCGGUUGCCAGUUGGACUUGCGCUACGCUGACCUGGAGGCAGUCAACCGAGCUAGGCGACCAUUAUCAAGGCCGAUUAAACCCGGAGAUAUUUUGCCUCCAGAGAGUGGAAGGGAGGUUGCCAAAGAGCUUGGCAUCCCAUACUACGAGACAAGUGUUUUCGAUCAGUUUGGCAUCAAGGAUAUCUUUGAUAAUGCCAUCCGAGCAGCACUCAUUUCCAGACGCCACCUACAAUUCUGGAAGUCCCACCUGAGGAAGGUCCAAAAGCCACUGUUGCAGGCACCAUUUUUGCCACCCAAAGCCCCUCCACCACUUAUUAAGAUUCCUGAGUGUCCAGCCAAAAACAGGGAUGGCCCGAGGCAGCUUCUUGAGAGCCCCCUGUGUGCUGAUGUUAUGUUCACCAUUCAGGAACACAUUCACUUGUUUGCCCACAGGAUCUACCUGUCUACCUCAUCUUCCAAAUUCUUCGACCUCUUUCAGAUGGACUUCUCAGAUGAGUCCCAGUGUUUGGUGGUAAAUGAGCGUCAUGGGCGGGAUCAACUGAUGCGCACACUAAGCCUGGACACGGAAGAGGACGUGACCGUUCUCCCCAAUCUUUCACCGUGCUCGCUCAGGGCCUCCAAGAGUGACGGAACCCUCAAGAUAAUGAGUUUCAGUGGGAUGCACCGGCGCACCAAACUGUCUCUGGCAUCUUGGAGCAAGGCCUUCCACAGCAUCCACAAGGAAAACGUGAUCAAUCCGAUCACAGGUGCACCAGCUCUUAUGACUGUCGUCAAGAUGGAUCAUUCCAUCCACCAUGGACCAUUCAGCGCUGUCCUACGCUUCCUCUACACUGGUGAGCUGGAUGAGAAGGAGAAGGACCUGAUGAAGAUCGCCCAGAUCGCAGAGAUCCUAGAAGUGUUUGAUCUUAGGAUGAUGGUGGAGAACAUCAUGAACAAUGAGGGCUUCAUGAAUCAAGAGAUCACAAAAGCGUUCCAUGUGAGAAAGGCCAACCGAAUCAAAGAGUGUCUUGCCAAGAAUAACUUCACAGAUGUGGUGUUUAGGUUGGAUGAUGGCACCAUUAACGCCCACAAACCACUGCUGAUCUCUAGCUGUGAUUGGAUGGCGGCAUUAUUUGGGGGCUCUUUCAUGGAGAGUGCAAAUGAUGAGGUCUCAUUCCCCAACACCAGCAGGGUAUGUAUGCAGGCUGUGCUGGAGUAUCUUUACACCAAUCAGCUGUCGCCCAUGGCAGACCUGGACCCAAUGGAGCUAAUCGCCCUGGCCAACAGACUGUGCCUUCCACGGCUCAUCGCCCUGACGGAGCAAUACGCUGCGAGCGAGUUAGUAAAAGCAUCUAAAGAUGGACAGGAUAUCGAUGGAGAGGUACUCACCUAUCUAGAGCUUGCUCAGUUCCAUAAUGCUAAUCAACUGGCUGCCUGGUGUUUACACCACAUCUGCACGCAUUACAACAGAAUAUGUGCCAAUUACCGCAAAGAGAUCAAGUCGAAAUCACUAGAAAACCAGGAAUAUUUUGAGAAGCACCGCUGGCCUCCGGUCUGGUAUCUGAAAGAGGAAGAUCACUAUCAGCGGGUGAAGAAGGAGAGAGAGAAGGAGGAUGUGGUGUUGAAUAAACAUCACUCACGAUGGCGAUGGUGUUUCUGGAGCACGUCCCCUGCUGUUGCUUGAGUCCGUACCCUCAUGUUUUAUUUUUAAAGCUCUUAUUUUCCUUUUUUUCUAUUUUGUGAAGAUAAAACAGACCACUCGAAAUUAGCAUUCUGUGUGAAGCACAAUGUCCAAUCAGUACUGGCCAUCGAAUCUAUGGAGGUGACGUAGGCCUGUUCCUUAUGGUGUAAUAUUUGUUUUAAUAAUCGAGCUGCUGUGUUGGACUUGGUUCCGAUCUGACUGUGUUAGAAGCAUAAGAAUCAUAAAACACUAAUAGGAUUAUGGAAUGUUUUUUCUUGUCUUUCCUUUUUCACUUAGGUGCUAUAUACUGUAUAUUUGCAUUAACACAUUUUAAACUGUUUAAAUCAUGUAAGUGGAAAAUGCUCAUUAUGCCACUAAUUCUGAGCACAUGCAUUGAUUUGCAAAAUUUGCAUUGUGCAAUUCUGCAUUCAGGCAAAUUUUGGGUAAUGUUGUAAGCCUGUUUAUUGGACAACUUGUGACCAAAAAUUAAGAGCACUUGAAGUUAGGACUCGCUGUUGAUUGUAAUAUUUAAUGGAUGUAGUUUGAUCAUUGUGAUUGUAAGAGUUUACAGCAUUCAGCCCUAUGUAUGAACAUCAGGGACAGGAACGCAGUAAAUGGGUCAUUCUUCUUAUGCAUAGUUAUAGUAAAUUAUAGUACAUUUGAACAUUCUCAAAAAUGAUAUAUGUUCUGGUAAUACUCGGGCACUUAAAAUGUAUGAAUUAUAACAUCACAAAUCAGGAAAUAUGUUAUAGGAUGAUAUGGAACCUUUAAUAAGUCGUGUCAGAAAAAAUAUGAGAUAAGAGUAAAAUGCAGAUUUCAAAGUUUUGCGUUUGCUCAAAAAAAUU